CUGACAGUUGUUUUGUCACUUCCCAUGCAGAUCCCUCAGAUAAGCUACGCCUCCACAGCUCCAGAGUUGAGCGAUGAUCGGCGCUAUGACUUCUUCUCUCGAGUGGUUCCUCCGGACUCGUUCCAGGCCCAGGCCAUGGUGGACAUCAUCAGAUCCAUGGGCUGGACCUAUGUCUCAACAAUCGCCUCUGAGGGGAGCUACGGAGAGAGAGGAGUGGAGGCCUUCACACAGCUGUCCAAGGAAGCAGGUGGGAUCUGCAUCGCCCAGUCACUGAAAAUCCCCCACAACCCAAAGCUGGAGGAUUACGACAAAGGCGUCCAACAGUUACUGGAGUCUCAGCACGCAAGAGCCGUCAUCAUCUUUGCCAGUGAGGAGGACAUACGAGGGAUUCUCAACGCGACCAAGCGGGCCAAUCAGGUGGGACACUUCCUGUGGAUUGGCUCUGACAGCUGGGGAGCUAAGAGCAGCCCUAUCCACCAACUCGAAGAGGUCGCUACGGGAGCCAUCACUAUCUUACCCAAACGCUCUUCCAUUAGAGGUUUUGACGAAUACUUCACUGGCCUGACCCUUGAGAACAACAGAAGAAACGUUUGGUUCGCAGAGUUUUGGGAGGAAAACUUCAACUGUCGACUCCUAAGUGCUUCAAAGAAAGAGGAUACGAGUCGGAAAUGCACUGGUCAGGAGCGCAUAGGGAUCGACUCUAAGUACGAGCAGGAGGGGAAGGUGCAGUUUGUGAUUGACGCAGUGUAUGCCAUGGCCCAUGCGCUUCACGACAUGCACCGAGACCUGUGCCCGGACCACCCCUCCGUCUGCCCACAGAUGGAGGCAGCAGAGGGCAAGACGUUGCUCAAGUACAUCCGCAGCGCCAGCUUCAAUGGAAGUGCAAACACCUCUGUCGUGUUUAACAAGAACGGAGACGCCCCAGGACGCUAUGACCUUUUCCAGUUCCAGAUGACCAACUCGUCCGGGCCAGAGUACAAGGUGGUGGGACAGUGGGUGGAGACGCUACAGCUAAAGGUGGAGGAGCUGCAGUGGCCCGAUGGGGACCUGGAUGUGCCCCUCUCUGUGUGCAGCCUGCCCUGUAAGACCGGAGAGAGGAAAAAGAAGGUGAAGGGCAAACCCUGCUGUUGGCACUGUGAGCUGUGUGACGGCUACCAAUACCAGUUUGACGAGACCUCCUGCCGCCUCUGUGUGUACAACAUGAGACCCAAUGCCAAUCGGACUGCCUGUCAGGCUAUUCCCAUCAUCAAACUGGAAUGGCACUCUCCCUGGGCCAUCAUACCCGUCUUCCUCGCCAUGCUGGGGAUAAUCGCUACUAUUUUUGUCAUGGCUACAUUUGUACGGUACAAUGACACGCCUAUAGUGAGAGCAUCCGGGCGAGAGCUAAGCUACGUGCUGCUAACGGGUAUCUUUUUGUGCUACAUCAUCACUUUCCUCAUGAUUGCAAAACCAGACGUUGGCGUGUGUGCGUUUAGAAGGAUCUUUUUAGGGUUGGGGAUGUGCAUAAGUUAUGCUGCUCUGCUCACCAAAACUAAUCGUAUCUAUAGAAUUUUUGAACAAGGAAAGCAGACAGUUACAGCUCCAAGAUUUAUUAGCCCUACGUCACAAAUUGCCAUCACUUCUAGCCUCAUAUGUGUGCAACUUUUAGGCGUCCUGGUGUGGUUUGCUGUGGACCCUCCCAACACUAUAAUAGACUAUGAUGAACAGAAAACUAUAAACCCGAUGCUGGCUCGCGGUGUACUCAAAUGUGACAUCACAGACCUCCAGAUCAUCUGCUCUUUAGGCUAUAGCAUUCUGCUUAUGGUCACAUGCACCAUAUACGCCAUCAAGACGAGGGACGUACCGGAGGACUUCAAUGAGGCAAAACCUAUUGGAUUCACCAUGUACACAACCUGCAUCGUCUGGCUGGCUUUCAUCCCCAUCUUCUUCGGCACAGCUCAGUCUGCAGAGAAGCUCUACAUCCAGACGACCACCCUGACCAUCUCCAUGAACCUGAGUGCCUCAGUCGCACUGGGCAUGCUCUAUAUGCCCAAAGUGUACAUCAUCAUCUUCCACCCAGAGCUCAACGUGCAGAAGAGGAAACGCAGCUUCAAAGCCGUGGUCACCGCAGCAACCAUGUCCUCACGACUCUCCCAGAAACCCAGCGAGAGGCCCAACGGAGAGGCCAAGACCGAGCUGUGUGAGAAUCCACCCAUCGACCCCAUGAGUCAAGCAACCAAAAAGACAUAUGUGAGCUACAAUAACCUCAGGAUCUGACCUGCUCCAAUGACAAUGGGAGGAGGAGUGUUGGUGAUGUCUCAUUUUAGGCACCUCUGCUCCACACUGCUCCACACUGGGCUGGACUACAGACUCAUGUGGUUUUGGAUCUAACAGUUUCAACUUGUGGACCAGACGCAGACCCUCUGACCUUCCCCAGGGGCACUCUCAUGGCUGCAAAAAAGAGACAGCAAAUCAACUCCAAAUUAUGAUUUUCUUUAUUUAAAACAUCAUUAUUGAAGCCAUAUUAUCUUGGGGCCCCCAUCCUCCUCUUUUGUUUGUAAAUGUGUGCUUUAUU